AUGUCAUUAGUCUCAACGAACUGCCAGACUGUAUUAGGAAAGGAGCCCUUCGACAAGGACGAUCAUUUCCAGAUUCUCAUGGGCCUGCAGCCUCUGGGAAUCCUUCCUCCCGAAAAUAUACUCCAGAGACCUGCCAUCUACCAAUUGUUCUCAGUCUUUGCAAAGUUCAGGCAGGCGAGAGAAUCCUUCGUCCCGACACCAUCCUUGGCUCUGAGAUAA